AUGCUGUUUUCAAAGUUAUUAUGGAUUUAUGUCUCUCCAGUUUUAUUAGGAUUAGGGACUGUUGGAAAUCUACUCUCUAUUUUGGUCUGUCGGCGUCCAAUAUGGCGUCUUUCUACAUCUCCGUUUUUUGUGGCCCUGGUUGCGGAUAUGUUCGUUUUGUACAGUGGUCUUCUACGUCGAUGGUUGGUGCACGUGUAUGACGUGGACAUCCGGCCAAAGCAAUUUGUAGUAGGAAGAAAAGCAAAAAUUUCUAUAUGUCUUGCGUUUGUUGCAAUCCUGGCCGUCAAUUUACAUGAACUGAUCGCGCGCCAGUUUCAAAACACCUACGUUUCCGGACCCAACGGUACAUUUACUGUCAAGAUCAUCUGUGGUCAUAUUUCAUCGGGUUAUGCCGAGUUCUUCAAAAACGUCUGGCCAUGGAUUGAUCUAGGUAUUUCCUCUGGUGUCCCGUUUGUCGUGAUUAUCGUCUGCAACAGCUGUAUCGCGUGGAAGGUGAUUGUUUCACACCGCUUUGGGAAGAAAGCGUUGUCUCGCAUCAGCAGGGUUCAGGAUAGACGUGUGUCAUCCAUGACAGUCGUCCUCCUGGUGCUCAACACCGUCUUCCUCGUGACCACAGCGCCCUCUAGGAUUUUCCUCAUCGGGUCACCCGCGUGGCAUGAAGGGGCGACUCCUCACAAAGAAGCCGUGCUUCAGCUGUUUUGGGCGUCAGUCAACCUUCUGAUGUACUUGAACAAUGCUAUCAAUUUCAUCCUGUACUGCGUCAGCGGCACACAGUUCCGAAAUGAACUGAAGUCUCUCAUCUUGUGGAGCAAAUCUCAGGUGUAUCCUAUACGCUCGAAAACGCUCGUCUUUCCACCAAAAACUGUUCAGGCAUCGUCUCCCACUGAGGACAGGGGUACUAACGCUCUGAAGCCCUACCAAGAGUGGACACGAUAUUAG